AUGGCCACCACAGAUGUCCUGUUACCACAAGAAGAAGACUACGGAGCGUGCCAAAGGAGUCAUGCCCAUCAUGCCGAGAGACACUUUGAGUACCCUCGUAUUAUGGGCGAUGUAAUCAUUGGUCUUUCGGAUGGACUGACUGUGCCAUUCAGUCUGGCAGCAGGCUUGGCGUCGCUGGACUCUUCAAGGCUUGUUGUGCUCGCCGGCUUUGCUGAACUCAUCUCUGGAGCAAUCAGCAUGGGUCUAGGAGGGUAUCUGGCCUGCCAAAGCGAGACGGAACACUACAAGAGCGAGCGUCGUCGAGAGGAAGACGAAGUCAGGAAUGAUCUCGCAGUCGAGUUGCAGGAAUGCGCCGACGUCUUCGCGCCAUAUGGCAUCAGCCGUCAGGCGAUGGCGCCUCUGCUGGCGGAGUUAGCCAGCGACAAGGAGAAUCUCGUCAACUUCAUGAUGGCAUUCGAACUAGGCCUAGAGAAGCCUGAAGGCCGGACCGCGAUGGUCUCAGGUCUGACCAUCGCGAUAAGCUAUUUCUUGGGAGGCCUUCUACCCCUGCUACCGUACUUGCUCAUCAGUAAGACGCUGGAUGCCUUGUACGUCUCAAUUGGCUUGACUGCGCUUGUCCUCUUCGUCUUUGGAUGGCUUAAAUGCACCAUCCUCAGAAGGGGCGCCCGGGCUUGUCUACUUAGCGCAUUGCAAACCAUGACGGUCGGACUGGCUGCGGCUGGUGCUUCGUUUGGGCUGGUGCGCCUUCUCGAUCAAGGACGGGUAUAG